AUGGCUGGAAUCAAAGCUCUCAUUAGCCUAUCUUUUGGAGGGGCCAUUGGCCUCAUGUUCCUCAUGCUAGGAUGUGCCCUCCCUGUGUACGACAAAUACUGGCCUUUGUUCCUCCUUUUCUUCUACAUCCUCUCCCCCAUCCCGUACUGCAUCUCACGGAGGGUGGCUGAUGACACAGACUCUGCAAGUAACGCCUGCAAAGAGCUGGCCAUCUUCCUCACAACGGGAAUCGUCAUUUCAGCCUUUGGCCUGCCCAUCGUCUUUGCAAGAGCUGAAGUAAUCGCCUGGGGGGCGUGUGCACUCGUGCUAACGGGUAACGUAGUGAUCUUCGCGACCAUCCUGGGCUUCUUCCUGGUCUUUGGAUCCAACGAUGACUUCAGUUGGCAGCAGUGGUAAAACGGCAGGGGGAGGGGGGGGCUUAGUCUGAACUGUUUUUAUUAGCAUUAUGGUUAUUAUUAUGGUAUUACUGUUUGGUUCUUGUUGUUGUUAUUUAUAUAAUGACCGCCCAUCCAUAGACUCACACCAAACCAGUGCAAUACUUUAUUUUUCUUCUUUUGUAUUCUUCCGCCUGCAUCAUACUGAACUGACACACACGUGGGAUGGAGUAUGCUGACUCUGAGUUGGGUUUUGACUCGUUUUUAGUUCCACUAUCUGACUCCUGUGUUCGUGACUUUGUCUCUGUUUGUGUCCGCUUUUAUUUGGAACGCUGUGAUGAACUACUUGUGAAAAUGUGUGUUAAAGAAGCCGACUGAAUGUCCAAAUAUGACUUCAUCUGACCAAAAAAGGACAGGGUGAAAACUG